GACCCUUGAUCUGGGGGUGGGAAGAGCGGGUAGAAGGUCCGCACUUCCGUCCUCACGACUUUCUCCCCAGGAGACCCAGUAUCAGUGGCAAGCUGCCUUCUCUCCGCGCCGCUGGCAGGUUUGGCGCCUGGAAAACUCUUCACGUUCUGCUUUCUCCUCUCCUGGCUCCGCCCCAAUUCCAGCCCCGGCAUUCCUCCAGCCCUACCCGUCCCGGCCGCCCCUUUCCCGCUGCCUCUAGCGCUAGCGUGCGGGGCAUCUCCGCGUCUGCCCUGGGCCCAAGGCUGGGCUGCGAAGAUCAUGUUCCUCUCCGGCGGAACACGCGCACUCGGUCUUGGGGCCCUCUCCUGAGCUCCCUCCUCCACCGAGAGCGCUGAGCGCAGCCGGGAAUUCUCUUCCACCGUGGGCACGCAGCCUUUGGAGGUCCUGGGCGCAGCACGCUCGGUGUCGUCACACCGCAGCAAGACUGAGACCCCGCGGGAACCUGGAGCUUGAAACCACCUUUGAGCCUCUCCAGUCGGAAGAGUGCGCGCAGCAGCCCAGCGGAGGCCGGGCGCGUAACCUCGGGCGCCGGGGCAAGGAGAGGGUGCUGGGUUCAGGAGCCGGAGGAAGUUCUCGCGGCGCCUGGAGCGCGGUGGACGCGCCUGGGGCGCACUCCCAGGCAGCCUCCUCCCUGGCCCUCGGGACUGUCCUCGGGCAGCAAGGAGGAGCUUGCUGGAGACUUAGAGGCUGUCCGGAGCCAGAAAGCAGGAGCGCCGCGUCUUUUGCCUCAGCUGGGAAGGGGGAGUGGCGCUGGCAGGCUGGAGUUGCGAACCCAGCGAGCGCCUGACCUUCCUCCUCUUCUUCCUGACCCUCUUCGCGCCUUGGGCUCCAGAGGAAGGUUGUAGCGGCUGCAGGAGGCCCCCAGACCCACUUUCCUAGAAGGUUGGUGAUGGAUCUGCUGCUUCUGCCCCCGCCGGGGCAUAUGGAACGCGCCGGCGGCGCUUGAGCCAGGCUUUGCUCUCCACCGCCCUGGACAAACCCCCACGGCCAGCCCCGCCUGACAGCUUUGCCUGAGUCCCUUUGCGUUCCGGACCCAAAGCCACCAGCGUCCUUCUCAGGGAGAAGGUGGUCCUCAGGCGCAGCCCCGCCGCGAUGUCCGGGCAGAGCCUGCUACACAGCGUCUUCUCUUGCUCCUCGCCUGCCUCAAGUAGUGCGGCCUCGGCCAAGGGCUUUUCUAAGAGGAAGCUGCGCCAGACCCGCAGCCUGGACCCAGCCCUGAUCGGCGGCUGCGGGGGUGGCGAGACUGGCGCGGAGGGCGGUGCGCGAGGGGCCACGGCGGGCCGCCUCUACUCCCCAUCACUCCCAACCGAGGGUCUCGGCCCUCGCUUGGCGUCCUCUCCCCGGGGUCCGCCCCCCAGGGCCACCCGGCUACCGCCUCCUGGACCCCUUUGCUCGUCCUUCUCCACACCCAGCACCCCUCAGGAGAAGUCACCAUCCAGCAGCUUCCACUUUGACUAUGAGGUUCCCCUGGGUCGCGGCGGCUUCAAGAAGAGCAUGGCAUGGGACCUGCCUUCUGUCCUGGCCGGGCCAGCCAGUAGCCGAAGCGCUUCGAGCAUCCUCUGUUCCUCUGGGGGAGGCCCCAAUGGCAUCUUCACUUCUCCUAGGAGGUGGCUACAGCAGAGGAAGUUCCAGUCCCCACCUGACAGUCGAGGCCACCCCUAUGUCGUGUGGAAGUCUGAGAAAUGGGACGUCCCUAGUGGCCACCUGCGUGUGCGUCUUGCAGGACUUGUUGGCUCCACUUUGGAGCAGUCGUGGGAGCUGGAAAAGGAGAUGGUGUUCUGGUUUCCUGUUUGUGCUGCAGCCCCUGUGCCCACGACACUCAUAAAUGCCUGCAGCUGUGAGCACAGUACUCAUCCUCCAAGGAGCCCGUGGGCAUCACAACUGCAGAGAGUGAAGGCGUAUGGAAUGUUUCCCAAGUGA